AUGUCUCAGUCACUGAAAAAACUUUCUGUGCAAGUGCUAAAAAAUAAACAUGGAGAAGCUAUCAUCAGUAACUUUCUCAGAGCUAACAGUACAUGGUGGGGUCACAUUCAAAUGGGCCCCCCUGAUGCCAUCCUUGGUAUAACUGAAGCUUUCAAAAAAGACACAGACCCGAAGAAGGCUAACCUUGGAGUUGGUGCUUACAGAGACGAUGAUGGUAAACCAUACAUUCUACCAUCUGUCAGAAAGGCUGAACAAAUCCUCUUCAAUGCUGCCUUAAAUCAUGAAUAUGCACCUAUCUCUGGGGAUCCUGAGUACACAGCAGCAGUUGCUAAACUUGCGUUUGGGGAAAAUAGCAAAGUCCUAGAGGAAAAGUCAAAUUGCACUGUGCAGACAUUGUCCGGUACUGGAGCUUUACGUCUUGGCUUGGAGUUCGUCAUGAAACACUAUGCCAAGAAUAAAGAGAUCUGGCUUCCCAACCCCACAUGGGGUAAUCACCAUCAGAUCUGUAAUAUGAUCAAUUUGCCAUUCAAGAAAUACCGCUACUUCGAUCCGAAGACGAACGGUUUCGAUAUCGAGGGCGCAAAGGCUGAUAUCUGCAAAAUACCGGAGGGAUCAAUUAUUUUGCUACAUGCAUGUGCACACAACCCUACCGGUGUUGACCCAAGUAUGGACCAGUGGAGACAACUAUCCGAGAUCAUACAAUUUAAGAAGUUACUACCAUUUUUCGACAUGGCGUACCAAGGGUUCGCUACCGGAAAUGUGGACGGUGACGCGGCAGCUGUACGCUUGUUCGUAGAGGACGGUCAUCAGGUUGUACUUUGCCAGAGUUUCGCCAAAAAUAUGGGCUUAUAUGGCGAGCGCGCUGGUGCAUUAACCUUGUGCUGCGGCACCGCCGAAGCGGCUGCAAAAACGAUGUCUCAGGUCAAGAUAAUGAUCCGGACGAUGUACUCCAACCCUCCGUUAUACGGUGCUCGUCUAGUAAAGACCAUCCUCACAAAUGACGAGCUUAGAAGCCAAUGGUUAUGUGAUGUGAAAUUGAUGGCAAAUCGUAUCAUCACUAUGCGGCAGAAACUGCGUGAGGGCAUCGAAAGCGCCGGCAACAAGCAUUCGUGGCGGCACAUUACGGACCAGAUCGGCAUGUUCUGUUACACGGGACUUAAACCUGAACAGGUGGAACGUUUGACCAAGGAGUUCCAUGUCUACUUGACAAAGGAUGGUCGUAUCUCAGUCGCUGGUGUUACUUCGAAGAACGUCGCCCACAUUGCAGCUGGCAUACACAAGGUCUCCUCUUAA